AUGGCUGACCCCAGCCACAUCCAGUCAGCUGCCUCCAAGAGCAUCCGUCCCUUCCGCUCCAGUGAGGAGUACCUGGAGGCCAUGAAGGAGGACCUGGCUGAGUGGUUCAACACCCUCUACGACCUGGACCUGCAGGUGGACACCUUCCUGGAGAGCUUGGAGACAGGCUGCCACCUCUGCCGCCACGCCAACAACGUCAACCGCACCGCCCUGGACUUCCAGCAGCGGCACCCCGAGGCAGCCGCCCGCAUGCGUGUGCCCCAGAACGAGGUCACUUUCCAGGCCAAGAACGUGGUGCCAGGCUCCUUCAUCGCCCGUGACAAUGUCUCCAACUUCAUCCAGUGGUGCCGCCAGGACCUGGGCAUUCAGGACGUCCUCAUGUUCGAGACCAACGACUUGGUGCUGAAGAAGAAUGAGAAGAACUUUGUCCUCUGCUUGCUGGAGGUGGCCAGGAGGGGCUCCAAGUUCGGCAUGCUGGCCCCCAUGCUGAUCCAGAUGGAGGAGGAGAUCGAGGAGGAGAUGAGGGACCAAAUGGCCUACGGCGCACUGGGCACACGCCAGGAGAGCCAGGAUCCCCCGGCAGGCACCUUCCCCAGCAGGGCCAGGCCCAUCUCGCUCUGUGACCUCAAGAACCUGGACGAGCUGGUGCGGGAGAUCCUGGGCUGCUGCUCCUGCCCCUCACAGUUCCCCAUGGUCAAGGUCUCCGAGGGUAAAUACAAAGUGGGCGACUCCAACACCCUCAUCUUCGUCCGAGUGCUAAGGAGCCACGUGAUGGUGCGUGUUGGUGGUGGCUGGGACACACUGGAACAUUACCUGGACAAGCACGACCCCUGUCGCUGUGCCUCCCUCGCUCACCGCCUGCCUCAACCCCGUGCUUCAGGCUUCUCCCCUCAAAAACCAGCUCCCAGCACCUUCUCCACAACACCCCAUGCCCUCAGCCCCAGCACCCCUCGCCGUCCCCAUGCCACCGGCCCCUCUUCAGGUGGCACGCUCAGGCCCCGCGAGCAGACCCGCGCCCGCCGCUGCUCCGGUGACAGCGACUCCUCGGCCUCCUCCGCACAGAGCGGCCCCUUGGGCCCCUCCCGGGACGGGGGCGCCCCCCGCCGCCGCGACGCCAGCCGCGGUGGGGUCCCGCCGCAGGCGGCUCCCCGCGAGGCCGUGCCUUCGCGCCAGGAGGAGCGCGGCCGCUCGCGCGUGCCCAACGGCCCCGCCCGCGCCGCGCCGCGUGCCCGCAGUCAGGGCCGCCCCGGACCGCAGCCCCUGCUGCUGAUCAGCCGCCGCCGGGACGGGCAGCACUCCUGGACGCGCAUGGAGGCCUCCAGCCGGGCCGCCAGCCCCGCCCGCGGCCGGACCCCCGCCCCGCGCCGCGCCUCUCUGGAGGAAGGCGUCAAGGGAUGGCGGGCGGAGAGCCAGCAUGGCGGCGGGGCCGGCGAGGCCUUGGAGCGGGAGCUGGAGGAGCUGGGCCGGCGGCUGCGGGCCCCGCUGCGGCUGGAGCCCGGCCAGGAGCAGCAGCUCUUCCGCCGGCUGGAGGAGGAGUUCCUGGCCAACACGCGUAUGAUGGAGGAGAUGGAGGACCGGGAGAACCCCCCUGCGCCCCCGCCGCCCUCCGGCACCGCCGACUCAGCCUACUGCUCCUCGUCAUCCUCCUCGUCCUCCCUCAACGUCUUUGCCAAAGACGGUCGGCGGAGCGGGAAUGGCGCCGGCCCCCCACCGCCGGCGGCCCCCGAGGCGGCGGACGCGGGGCGCCGGCCGGCCCUCUCCAGCUCCUCGGAUGAGAGCAGCUGCUUCCCGGCCUCCUGGGAGGCGCGGGAGACGCGGGGAGGCCCCGAGUCCGACACCGACUGGGCGCCGGGAGAGGACGAGCUGGCAGAGGAGCCCCCAGCCAUGGCCCACGGACCCCCAGGGGUCACCGACCCGGUGCCUUCGGUUCCUGUGCCCUCCCCGCGGCCCUGCGCCAAGCCCCGGCAGGACACGCAGCCCCACAAGAAGCCGUCCAGGAUCCCCACGCCGCGGAGCUAUGGGGCAGCCCCUCAGCCCCCCAACAGCAGCGCCAAGCCCUGGGGGGCUCUGCAGAGUGUCCUCUCCUCCUUCCUGGAGCCCACCUGGGCCCCGCGGGCGCGUGAGGGGCUGGAUGAAGACGCCUGGCCGUGA